AUGGUCGGAGGCAAUAACACUUUUGGCAAGACGAUAUGUUCAAUCUGCUACGAAGAUCUCAAACCCCUCGUCGAAGACCUCCAAUCUAUCUCCAUUUGCGGCCACGUCUUUCACGAGCUAUGUCUUCAACAAUGGUUCGAGUACUGUACAAAUGGGAAGAAGAAGAAUUGUCCUGUGUGCAAGCAGACCUGUUCGGAGGUCAAUGUGGGUCGCCUGUAUUUUCAGUCAGUUGGUGAUACGAAUGAUCCGAGUACUCUAUCUCAGAAGCCGCGAGAUUGUGAAGAAAAUCCAGAAGAAUUGAGGAGGGAGGUGAAGCGAUUGGAGGGGAAGGUUUCGGGGCUCAGUUUGGCUUUGGAGAGUCAACAGAAAGAAUUCAACGAUGUCAGCGAGGAGGUAGUUGAUUUCUUUAUUAUCUGUUUGGUUGCACAGACAAUACGGGAAAAGGAAAGGAAAUUAAUAUGA